AUGAAGCAGAUAGCAAGGAAAGUUGCUAAAGACUGGAGUUGGACUUCCAAUGUGCAGGAAGCUGAGAAUGGCAGGAUUUGGAUUCUUUGGAACAAGGAUAUUCUGAAAAUUCAAAAGGUGAAUUCAAGCAAUCAGUGUUUAACUUGCUCAGUUCAAUUGAAUAAUGACAAGUUCUCAUGUAUAAUGUCUGUGAUACAUGCUUCAAAUCAAAAAGAAGAUAGGAAAAAACUAUGGCAAGAUUUGCUUAGUCUCAAAAACAAUAUUUAUUGUCCUUGGAUUGUUGGGGGUGACUUCAUUGCAAUUAUGAGUGCUGAAGAAAAACUAGGUGGAACAUCUACAACUGAAGCUGAUACAGAAGACCUCCAGAAUUUUAUUUCAUCCAGUCAGUUGCUUCAUAUCAAAUCCAUUGGAUGUUUCUAUACUUGGAAUAAUAAACAAGAUGCUGAUACUAGAGUUUGGAGCAGAAUUGACAGAAUUCUGAUUAAUGAAAAAUGGCUACAUCAUUACACAUCAAGUCAAGUGGAAUUCUUAACUCCAGUUUGUUCUGAUCACUCACCAGCUCUUAUAUCUGUUGGUGAUGAAGAUUUUCAAGGUAAAAAGCCCUUUAGAUUUUACAAAAUGUGGACAAAACACCCAGAGUUUCUAACAGUUGUGAACUCUGUUUGGAGGCAAGAAGUUAAAGGGUAUAACAUGUACAAGAUCUACUUCAAACUCAAAAUGUUGAAACAUGCUCUCAAAGAAUUGAACAAGAAACAUUUUAUGAAUAUUGGAGAGCAAGUUCUUAGAGCCAAAGAAAAGUUGAUUGGAGUUCAAAAACAACUGAAUUUAGAUCUUUUUAAUAAGGAUCUUAUUUCUCAAGAAAAGGAAUGUAUUCAAAAAUACAAUGGACUGCUUCAAUGUGAGGAAUCAUUUCACAGACAAAAAGCAAAUAUCAGUUGGGCUGUGCAUGGAGUAAGUGUACACAAUAUUUCCAUUCAGUGA